GCGGGCGGGCGGGCCGGGCGGCGGGGGCGCGCAUGGCGGGGGCGCGCGGUAACAUCUUUAGCCGCCCUCCAGGGUCAGGGCCGGAGCCAGGCCCCGCCCCCUCGCGGUCCAGCGACUUCUUUUCUCCGUCGGCCGCAGCCCAAACCGUCAUCCCGCCGUCUUUCCUGAACGCCAUCGCGGUUAUCCAGGCGCAGGCGCAGGCCUACCUCAACACCGCCAUCGCCUGCGAGCGGGCCCGGCGCUGGUUCCAGGCAAUCGAGUAUUACAGAAAGCUACUGAGCUUUUUGAACAAAAAAAGGUUUCCUCCUGAAUACAUACCUGGACCUGGAUAUAUUCAGCUGGUGUUUGAAUCCUAUUAUCAUAUAGGAGUAGCUUUCCAAAAAGUAAAUAAUCAUCGUGACGCUGCAGAAGAGUUUACAUAUGCCAUAGAAGCAAUGAACAUCCCUAAAAUAGCUUGUAAAGUUGGCUGUGUUUCUAGCGCUUUCUAUCAGACACCUGUAUAUGCAAGGAGAGCUUACGCAUAUGUGAAAUGUGCCAAGAUUAAAGAAGCAAUUAAUGACGCUACAAGAGCUGUGUUUUCUGACCCUGCGAAUUCUGAUGUGUACUGUAUCAGAGCUCUUGUGUGGAGUUCAGCAAAUGAAAAAAGCAGAGCCCUUCAUGAUUUAAACUGUAGUUUCAGGUUAAACCCAUCUCAUGUUUGCACUUUGAUAUUAAGGGGAGCUAUUUUGAAAUCCAUUGGGGGAGUGGCUUCUUCAGAGCACAAUAAAGAUCAAGAAAAGGCCUUUCAACUAUGUCCAGAAAGUCCAAAUUUCUUUGAUGUGGAAGAUUUUCAUAGUCCUAAAAUGCCUUUGUUCUAUGACAAAUUCCUGUGGUCUCUGAAUGCUUUUCAUACCGUAACAGGAAUCAACCUCUUUGCUGGAGCUGGAUUUGUGCCCAACUUGGGACCAAAAGAACAAGGCCCAAUGAAACCAUUUAAGCAUGGCUAUUCGGAAUAUUCUGACAACACUGCGUUAUUGAGGAGGCAAGCAUACACAAAGGCAUGCAUAGAGGCAGGCACAAUUAUUAAUGGCUCAAGACAGGGAUCUGUCUCAGGGAAGAAAAGCUUUGUUUCAUCAGCUACUCGGGAUUCAGGGAAGAAAACCUCAAGUUCAUCUGUAGUCAGAGAAUCUGCAAAGAGAGAUUCAAAUUCAUCAGUAGUCCAGGAAUCUGUGAGGAAAGGCUCAAGUGCAUCAGUAGUACGGGAAUUUGUGAAGAACGGCUCAAGUUCAACCACAGUGCGAGAAUCUGGAAGUGAAGAUUUAAAGAAUUAUGAUAUAAGUGUGGCUAAAAAGAAGAAAGGAGGCAGUUCAUCAGUAAACUGGAACGUGUGAAAAAGAGAUCAAGUUUCAACAAUAGACAGGGAUUUGCGAAAAAGACAUCAGAUUCAGUAGUUGCUUGGUGACCUAGCAUAUGGCGAAGCACAUUUCUGUGAAUGGCCCAGUGUUGAGCAUUAAAAAGCUGUAAAAUA